GGCCUCUCCGGUGACAGAGGAGUAGUGAGCGGCUCCGGGUGAGGCUGCAGCCAACUCCGCUCCCCGCGCUCUCGGCUGCCCAGGCGCUCGGGACGCAGCAGCGGCGCUUCUCCGCGGGGCCCACCGCCCGCGAUGCCCGCUUAGGAGCAGCGGCUGCGGCCAGCAUCGCCCCACCCGCGGCGCAGCGCCCGCCGUCGCAGAGCGGGGCCACAGCGCGCCCCCCGCCCCAGCCCCCACCCCGCCCCCCACCCUGAAAUGACUUGUUAAUCCGCGCAGACACCACCGAAGGGACUCGCCGGAGUGGAAUCCCAAGUGGAAUUUGGAUUUGGAGAAGAGUUUCUUGAACAUUUACUCCUUCCUUGUUGGGUUAUUUUUUUUUUCUUUCUUUCCUUCUUUCCCCCCCUCUCCCCUUCUGCGCCUGUCACCGGAGAUGAACACAGCGCGUUUGCUUCCCAGAAAGUAGUCGCCGCGACUGUUACCCCCAAAGAGACAAGCACACAUGUAGGAAUGACAAAGGCUUGCAGAGGAGAGAGCGCAGCUUGCGGCCCGGAGAGAUCCCCUCGAUAAUGGAUUACUAAAUGGGAUACACGCUGUACCAGCCCGCUCCGAGCCCCGGCCGCCUGCCCGUCGAUGCACCGAAAAGGGUGAAGUAGAGAAAUAAAGUCUCCCCGCUGAACUACUAUGAGGUCAGAAGCCUUGCUGCUAUAUUUCACACUGCUACACUUUGCUGGGGCUGGUUUCCCAGAAGAUUCUGAGCCAAUCAGUAUUUCGCAUGGCAACUAUACAAAACAGUAUCCGGUGUUUGUGGGCCACAAGCCAGGACGGAACACCACACAGAGGCACAGACUGGACAUCCAGAUGAUUAUGAUCAUGAACAGAACCCUCUACAUUGCUGCUAGGGACCAUAUUUAUACUGUUGAUAUGGACACCUCACACACAGAAGAAAUUUAUUGUAGCAAAAAACUGACAUGGAAAUCUAGACAGGCUGAUGUAGACACGUGCAGAAUGAAGGGAAAACAUAAGGAUGAGUGUCACAACUUCAUUAAAGUUCUUCUGAAGAAAAACGAGGAUACUUUGUUUGUCUGUGGAACUAAUGCCUUCAACCCUUCCUGCAGAAACUAUAAGAUGGAUACUCUGGAACCUUUUGGGGAUGAAUUUAGUGGAAUGGCCAGAUGCCCUUAUGAUGCCAAACAUGCCAACGUUGCACUGUUUGCAGAUGGAAAACUAUACUCAGCCACAGUGACUGACUUCCUUGCCAUCGAUGCAGUCAUUUACCGGAGUCUUGGAGACAGCCCAACCCUACGGACUGUCAAGCAUGAUUCCAAGUGGUUGAAAGAACCGUACUUUGUCCAAGCAGUGGAUUACGGAGACUACAUCUACUUCUUCUUCAGGGAGAUAGCAGUGGAGUACAACACCAUGGGAAAGGUAGUCUUCCCGAGAGUGGCUCAGGUUUGUAAGAAUGACAUGGGAGGGUCUCAGAGAGUCCUGGAAAAACAGUGGACGUCCUUCCUAAAGGCUCGCCUGAACUGCUCAGUUCCCGGAGACUCUCAUUUUUAUUUCAACAUCCUCCAGGCGGUCACAGAUGUGAUUCACAUCAAUGGCCGUGAUGUUGUCCUGGCAACCUUUUCCACACCUUAUAACAGCAUCCCUGGAUCUGCGGUCUGUGCCUACGACAUGCUUGACAUUGCCAAUGUUUUCACGGGGAGGUUCAAAGAACAGAAGUCUCCAGAUUCCACUUGGACACCAGUUCCUGAUGAACGAGUGCCCAAGCCCAGGCCAGGUUGCUGUGCUGGCUCCUCGUCCUUAGAAAAAUACGCAACCUCCAAUGAGUUUCCUGAUGAUACCCUGAACUUCAUCAAAACACACCCACUCAUGGAUGAGGCUGUGCCUUCUGUCAUCAACAGGCCAUGGUUCCUCAGGACGAUGGUCAGAUACCGCCUGACCAAAAUUGCCGUGGACACUGCUGCUGGGCCAUAUCAGAAUCACACUGUGGUUUUCCUGGGAUCAGAGAAGGGAAUCAUCUUGAAGUUCUUGGCCAGGAUAGGAAACAGUGGUUUCCUAAAUGACAGCCUUUUCCUGGAGGAGAUGAGCGUUUAUAAUCCAGAAAAGUGCAGCUAUGAUGGAGUAGAGGACAAGAGGAUUAUGGGCAUGCAACUGGACAAAGCAAGCAGCUCUCUGUAUGUUGCAUUCUCCACCUGCGUGAUAAAGCUUCCCCUUGGCCGGUGUGAACGACACGGGAAGUGUAAAAAAACCUGUAUCGCCUCCAGAGACCCAUACUGUGGGUGGGUAAAGGAAGCAGGUUCCUGUGCCCAUCUGUCACCCAGCAGCAGAUUGACAUUUGAACAGGACAUAGAACGUGGCAAUACAGAUGGCCUGGGAGACUGUCACAAUUCCUUCGUGGCUCUGAAUGGGCACUCCAGUUCCCUUUUGCCCAGCACCACCACGUCAGAUGCGGCGGCUCAAGAGGGGUAUGAGUCUAGGGCAGGAAUGCUGGACUGGAAGGAUCUGCUCGAUUCACCUGACAGCACAGACUCUUUGGGGGCGGUGUCUUCCCGUAAUCACCAAGACAAGAAGGGAGUGAUUCGGGAAAGCUACCUCAAAGGCCACGACCAGCUCGUCCCCGUCACCCUCCUGGCCAUUGCGGUCAUCCUGGCUUUUGUCAUGGGGGCCGUCUUCUCGGGCAUCAUCGUCUACUGCGUCUGCGACCACAGGCGCAAGGACGUGUCCGCGGUGCAGCGCAAGGAGAAGGAGCUCGGCCACUCGCGCCGGGGCUCCAUGAGCAGCGUCACCAAGCUCAGCGGCCUCUUCGGGGACACCCAGUCCAAGGACCCGAAGCCGGAGGCCAUCCUCACGCCGCUCAUGCACAACGGCAAGCUCGCCGCGCCCGGCAACACGGCCAAGAUGCUCAUCAAGGCGGAUCAGCACCACUUGGACCUGGCGGCCUUGCCCACCCCCGAGUCCACCCCGACGCUGCAGCAGAAGCGGAAGCCCAGCCGCGGCAGCCGCGAGUGGGAGAGGAACCAAAACCUCAUCAAUGCCUGCACCAAGGACAUGCCCCCCAUGGGCUCCCCUGUGAUCCCCACGGACCUGCCCCUGCGGGCCUCCCCCAGCCACAUCCCCAGCGUGGUGGUCCUGCCCAUCGCGCAGCAGGGCUACCAGCACGAGUACGUGGACCAGCCCAAGAUGAGCGAGGUGGCCCAGAUGGCGCUGGAGGACCAGGCGGCCACCCUGGAGUAUAAGACCAUCAAGGAGCAUCUCAGCAGCAAGAGUCCCAACCACGGGGUGAACCUGGUGGAGAACCUGGACAGCCUGCCGCCCAAGGUCCCCCAGCGGGAGGCCUCCCUGGGCCCGCCGGGCGCCUCGCUGUCCCAGAACGGCCUGGGCAAGCGGCUGGAGAUGCACCACUCCUCCUCCUACGGCCUUGACUAUAAGAGGAGCUACCCCACGAACUCGCUCACGAGAAGCCACCAGGCCACCACGCUCAAAAGAAACAAUACUAACUGCUCCAAUUCCUCCCACCUGUCCAGGAACCAGAGCUUCGGCCGGGGAGACAACCCGCCGCCCGCCCCGCAGAGGGUGGACUCGAUCCAGGUGCACGGCGCGCAGCCGGCGGGCCAGGCGGUGACUGUCGCGCGCCAGCCCAGCCUCAACGCCUACAACUCGCUGACGAGGUCGGGGCUGAAGCGCACGCCCUCGCUAAAGCCGGACGUGCCCCCCAAGCCCUCCUUUGCCCCCCUGUCCACCUCCCUGAAGCCCAAUGACGCGUGUACAUAAUGCCAGGGGAGGGGUCAGGUGUCGAAGCCGCGGGAGCGGCCGGGCGCGCCCAGCCGGCGGGGCCCUCCGCUGCCCGAGCCCCCACGGAGCGGAGGACGCCGGCUUCCCGCCCGGGCGCAGCGGGGAGGCGCCGGGCCCCGGGCCCCCGGGCCCCCACGCGGGACUCCCCUCCAUUCGCAGGCUCCGCUCUCCCUCACACUGCGCGACGGGUCGGACUCACGAGCGACUUCGGCGAUCAUCACAAACACGAGCCAAAAGCACACCCCCCGCACCCAGCCACCCGCGCACCCGCGCACACGCGCGCACACACACACACACGCACAUACACACCUGAACGGUGACCGCAACCUUCCGUCCGCGACUGUGCGGGGCGCCGCCCAACAGGGCAGCAGCCCCACCUGCACACCACAGAUACACUUUUACGAAUCAUGAAACGCAGAAAGACAAAAACAAAAGUAAAAAGUAAAGAAUUCGUUGAUAAUUCUAACUCAGACUUUAACCGUGGCAGGAGUUUACUAUGCGCAGAUACUGUGAAACGCCCAGCAGUGUUACGGCUUUUCUGUAAGGUCCGAGCAGACGGUGCCGCGGUGGGCAUCCAGGUCGUAGGUCUCUGCUCCUCUCUUUUAAUGAAAUAACGUGACCGUUAACGCAAGUAACUCUUUAUUUAUUGUUCACCCUUUUUUCCUUAAGGAGAGGACUCCUCCACACGCCAUCCUACCGACGGCUCUUCAGAAAGCCCCUCGAAGGUUAAACUAUUUAACGUGAAAUCCAUUAACUGGAAUCAUUGAGUUUAUUUUUACAAUAAAUUCACUGAGUAAAUAAGCUGGAGCUGGAAUUCUGAGCUUUGUGUUUGGACUGUCUGACCUCUGGCUAGAGGAAAAAGUUGCGAGGGGGAUGGAUAUUUAUUGAAACCAACCAGUUAAUUUGCUGGUCGGGUCUCUGGCCUAUAACAUGCAAAAAAUUAAUUAGCUUAAAAGUCCUUCCAGAUCCUAACUUCUUAAAGCAACCGGGAGAGGAACGUUUAGAAUGACACCUCCCGCGGCCCAUUGCUGCCAACGUGGCUUUGUCAGUGGUUCCUACUUUCUGUGAAGGCACCAGCUUGUGAAACCCAUCUCAUUUCACCUUGCAUGUGAGACCGCAAACAAAAUCCACUAAAGGUGUGAACUAAUUAAUAUGCUGGCUGCUACCUUGCAUAAAUUAAUGGUUUGCUCACACGGGUUUUUCGUGGGGUUACAUCUGUGAAUAGCCUCUUUUCCACAUGUAAAUUUGUGCCUUACACCCUGAGUUGUGUACACUUGUAAACUGUCGUUAUGAUAAACUUUCCCCCGCCUUUUGAAAUAAAUGCAGAUAUUUAUUUGACCCUCCCUCCCCCCACCCCCACUCCAGCCCUCUGGAAGAUUCUUAGCGUCUAGCAGAUGGAAGAAGAAUGCAGUGGUGGUGGUGGUGGUGGUGGUGGUUAGAAGCCUGCCCCCUGGGAGAGCUAGGAGCUAGGCAGCAGCACACCCUCCAAUUCACACUUCCUUCUACUCGUGCCAACUCCAGCCACCCCUUGGCCAUGCCACCAAGCAUGGACACCAGUGUUGAGGGUGGCAGUACCCUUUCUCCCUCCGGCGCUCCCUGCUUCCCGGUGUUCUCAGAUCAUUUCAACAUGGUGAUAGCCUCAUUGGCCAGCAGAGAGGGGACUAACGUCCCAGCCCUCCUUUCUGCCGUGUCCACUGGCUGGAGAGCACGCUGUCUGCGGUUGCCAGACACCUGGAGGGUGUCUCCAGGCCAGGGGCUCGGCACGCACGAGCACUGCACACAAAGACAUGACGUGGAAGUAGAUGCGGGCAGGCUGGUCCCUGCUGUGAUGGAUGAGUGACUCCAAGUACAAAGCCAACCACAAUGGAUGCUGCAAAAAACGUUGCAGACUGGGGCAGAAGAUUUGUAAUUUCUCAAAAAAUUUCUUCAUCCCUUUGUUAUUAUUGUUUGUAAGGGGGCGGGUGGGGCGUGUUUUUUCUCCCCCGGUUGGUUCUCAUUAGCUCAAGCACACAGAAGGGACUAUUGUUUACUCUAUCAGGAACAAAGGACUGUCAACAUACUGUAAACAGUGAGCAUUGUUUGGGGUUGUUGUGUUUUUUUAACAGUUAAACAGUAUAUUUGGUGGCCUCUUUGUCUCUUUAUUUCCAGUUUGAUCUUCUGAGUUUAAUCUCGUCUUUAAAAAAAAAAAAAAAACAACUUUCAAAGAAAGACUAUUUGGAGCAAUUUUGAGUUUGUUAGUGAAAAAGUGGUCUUCCAUAAUCAGAGUGACACCAGGUGUGUCGCGAGGACAGACUGGUAGCUUUGUGUUCCUGCAAACCUCCCGCGCAGUUUUGCUGUCGUUUGGGGUAGGUUUUUGUUGUUUUGUGUCUUUAUGCUUUUAUUCUGUUUUGUGAGCAGAAUCAAUGUUCACAUCCUGUGAACUCUGUACCCUGAGACCAACCAUGAAGUCUCUUCUAGAAACUGAGAUCAUUGUUUUUCCCUUCUCCCCGAAUGAAGCUUGACCAAUACCCCCAAGAGUAUUGACCGGCAGCACCCACGCUCUUGUCCCAUGGGUGGGCAUCAUUGCCUCAGCUGUGUUACGGAGACCUGUGUCAAAACUUCCAGCCCGCGUCCCCACCGCCCCUCAACCCAUCACUUGCGGUGUUCUUCCUGAAAUGCCCACAUGUAUUGAGCUGGUCUUUUGCAUUUAAGUGUUUUCCCCCCUUUUUUUUUUCCCCACUGCGUGUGGGGGGAGGGUCCAUAAACCUGAGUGUGCCUUUGCUUUCCACCCUUGCUAGACACUGGUAGAUGCAACAAACUCAGAUUUAUAUUUGUUGUAAAGUUGUAAAAAUAUUGUGAUGUCACCAAUUUUCCUUCCAUCUCCACAUCCCCUAACAUCUGAUUCAUGACGUAAUGUAUGUUGUAAAACAGGAAAAAAAAAAGAAAAGAAAAAAGGAAAAAAAAGACAAAAAAAAAAAGAGCAAGGAAAAGGCUCUUUAUUACUUAAAAGUAAUAAAACAAGACUGUUCUACAUUA